AUGGAGUUACUAGCAAGAUUUUUGGGAAGUCUAGCUGAAUCUUUUGAAGGAUUCUUGGAAGUAGAGGAAGAGGAGGGAAAUCCUAAAGAAACCUCUCCUUCCAAGGAAAGCAAAAGGUGUCUGUCUUCCAUGUCAGAUGUUAUAUUUGAUUUGCAGUCUCAGUACUUUCAGCGAGAUGAUGUGGCCCUGGAGAAUUUUGCCAAGUUUUUUAAAGAGCUUUCUGAAGAGGAACGGGAACAUUCUGAGAAGUUUAUAAAGUACCAGAAGAUGCGAGGUGGACGGGUAUUCCUGCAAGAUAUAAAGAAACCCAUGAAGGAUGAGUGGGGAAGUGGACUGGAAGCUAUGCAGUGUGCCCUGGAACUACAGAAAGUCACUAACCAGUUACUACUUGAAAUGCACAAGAUGGCAUCAGAUGCAACUGACCCUCAUCUGUGCGACUUCAUAGACUCUUACUUCUUGAAAGAAAGUGUUGAGGUGAUUAAGAAGCUGGGGGAUCACAUCACAAGUUUAAAGAAGGUGACCGCAGCACAUGACGGGAUGGGAGAGUACCUCUUUGACAAGCACAGCCUGAGUUAAUGACUUUUUAAGUCUUAGCACCAUUCUAAAAACAUACUUUGGUUAUUUGUAUCUUUUUUAAUGUGAAAUACCAAUUCAGGGACCCAACAUUUUGCAGUGGAGUUUUGUGCAAAUAAACAUAAUAUCUGCUGUUCA